UUUGUGCAGACUUGGGACUGACACAAUUUUUUUCUUGGCUCUUUUUGACUGGAUUGCAAACUGGAUUACUUACUGGUCUUCCCUUCAGUCGCAAUAGCCAAUUUUUUACCCUCUUCAGUAGCAUUGAUGUGCAUAUUGAUUCUGAAUUCUCUUUGGACUACGCCUUGUUCAUGCAACCUACAUCAUUUAUCCAAGUUUCGCAUUGGCACAUAUACCGGAAUCUCAUCAUUAUGUGGUUGAAUUCUUGUUAGAAAUUAUUAAAUCCUCAAUAUUCUCUGUGGAGCUUGAACUUGUAACCCUUCGCUGUUCUCCUGACCCUAAUUUAAACCGCGGAUUAGCCAUCUCAUCAGAGUUCGGGAGAAGAAGCCAGUGCUUGUUUAGCUCGAGGCCAGCUCAAAAUGAGGAUUGGGAAGGAAACGAACGGCUCAUUCCCGCUGAGAACGCUUUUGCAUAUUACCUUUGGCAACAAACUGAAAGUGAUUAAAAGGCAAAUUUGUUUGGACUGACUUCAGAUAAAAAAUACAUUUACGCCUGUCACGUGUUUGGAAGGCUUUUGUAGAAUUGUAGCUCUACCUUACGUCAGCCAAUGAGAAGAUACAGGAAGAUUUUAAUAAAUAUUUGAACAUGGAGCUUCGGAAGAGGGUCCUGCAUGGCGAGGAACUUAAUUUGGUCAUCAAGCAAGCCGCCACGGCCAAAGGGAACACGCCAAAACAACCCAACGCCCAAAAGGGGGGCAGAAAGGAAGCGUUUUCAUUUGCGUUUGCUAAUUUUUCCGGUUCAAGCGCUCUACCCCACCGGCCCUGGCAACCAAGCGUUUCCACGGCGACCGGGCUGCUAUUGGCCGGUCUCUUGGCACUGACACAGGCCUGGAGUGUUAACGCAAUUCACGAAAAUCUUCUGUGGUUCUCCCAGCUCACGGAAGUGGAGCGGGAGAUCUCAUUCCGGACAGAGUGUGGACUGUAUUAUUCCUACUACAAGCAAAUGCUACAGGCGCCAUCGAUAAGUGAAGGGCUCUCGGAGUUGAUCCAUGACAACUUGACAGAAUCCAAGAGGACCAUUAAUCUCCUCCAGCGAAUGAAUAUCUACCAAGAAGUCUUUCUGAGCGUGCUCUACAGACUGCUGCCCAUACAGUCCUACCUGGAGCCGGUGUACUUCUAUAUCUACACAGUUUUCUCGCUGCAGGCUGUGUACGUCAUGGCUCUGUAUCUCACAGCGUGGCUCCUAUCCGGGUCGUGGAUGGCUGGCGCGCUCACUGGGGUCUGGUACAUCCUCAACAGGGUAGAUACCACUCGUGUUGAGUUCACCAUCUCCCUCAGAGAGAACUGGUCUCUGCCCUUCUUCGCUCUUCAGGUCGCCACUAUUACAUGCUAUCUCAGGCCUCAGCUGUCGGUCCUACAACAGAAAGUGAUGGUGUGGCUUAUGUACGUGACUACAUUUUGUUUCUGCUUGACUUGGCAAUUCAAUCAGUUCAUUCUACUUGUUCAAGCUCUCAUCAUUUAUACUCUGGACUGUACAGACUUCCUAUCAACUAAACAGGUGACCACUUUGUAUCUUGUCCAAGUGAGCGGCCUAUUGAGUGUGUGGCUUCUUCAGUUCUGUAACUCCAUGAUACUUGGAUCACUGGUUCUGAGCUUUAUCGUUGCUGCACUUUUCGUCCGACACUGCCAGCCGGGUCUGAAAACGGGAACCUUUCUAGUUCGUGUGGGCAAGCUGCUUCUUCACACCACCAUGGUCCUCCUCCUCACCUUUACCAUCAACUAUUUAGCCAAGAAAGCCCUACAACUCAAGUCAGAUGAGCAUAUUUUCAAAUUCAUCAAGUCGAAGUUUGGCCUUGGGGUGACCAGAGAUUUUGACGCAGGGCUGUAUCUAUGUGAAGAGGCAUUUGGAGUUCUGCCAUUGGACACCCUGGACCGCCUGGCCGGGACCCUGCUGCUGUACCCCUAUGUCCUCACACUACUGCUGCUUUUAGGGGUCUUCACAGUGACUGCAGUACAGAACCUCAGCCCGCCAAAAGGAGCGUCUGGCGAGGAGAAGAGACGAGCGGUAGCCUUCCGACCAGAUGUGGCAUACAAUCUUUUGCAUACGAUGUUCUUUGGCCUGCUCGCCUUCAGCACCAUGAGGAUGAAGUAUAUCUGGACCGGUCACAUGUGUGCAGUGGCAGCCUAUGGAGUGUGUGGGACAGAGAUCUGGUCUCUGAUUUUCAACACUCUUCGAUGCAACAGUAAAUUCCUGUUAAAGCUUGUGACGUGCGCAGUUCCACUGGUGAUGAUGGGGUGCUUGUAUUAUAAGUUCUGGCCCAAGCUGAUGGAAGAGCUAUCCGAACUGCGAGAAUUUUAUGACCCAGACACCGUGGAGCUCAUGACCUGGAUAAGCACGAAGACUCCGAGGCGGGCUGUGUUUGCCGGGAGCAUGCAGUUACUCGCAGGCAUCAAGCUGUGCACAGGCAGAGUGCUCACCAACCACCCCCAUUAUGAAGAUAAAGACCUGCGGGAGAGGACCAGACAGGUCUACCAGGUGUACGCACGGCGCCCCCCGGAGGAAGUACAUGAGAUCCUGAGGGCCGUGGGGGCUGAAUACGUGGUCCUGGAGAAUAGCAUCUGCUACGAGAGGAGGCACAGGAGAGGCUGCAGGCUGCGCGACCUGCUCGACCUGGCCAACGGACAUAUCAUGGAUGGAUCCGGAGAGAAUGACCCCGACCUGUCUCCGGCUCCCCAUCCACGCUUCUGUGAGGCUAUAAAGACUGACUCAGCAGCCUACAGCGCCUUCUUCACCAGGACCUUCCAGAACAAAACCUUCCAUGUAUACAAACUCAAAAAAAAGCGAAAGAAAAACCCCACCAAAACCUCAGAUUCCACCAACGCUCAAUAACCCCAAUCCCCAUCCACUUGCUCUACAUUUCGUUCAUUAUUUUUUGAACAGAAGAUUGUCUGAACUGUAGCGCAAGAGGCUAGCUGGACGGUCAAGAGCUGCGGGCGGCUUUGUUUUGGUCCGUGGAGUGUGCUGGGUUAUAUAGGGGAGGUAACAUGGGGUUAGCUCUGCUGUUUCUAAGCCCCACCCAUCCCGCUGUGUUCCUCCAGUCUCCGCUGUUGUGGGUGAACUAACGCAUACAGAAGCAGAAUCAACUCGCCAUUAGCUAUUAGCAUGGUACUGGUUUGCUCUGUUGAAUGUGCUAGUUUGAAUAGGAGUGGUAACAUGGGGGGGUUAGCUCUGCUGUUUCUAAGCCCCACCCGCCCCGCUGUGUUCUACAGGGCUGCUCUGUUGGAGAUGAACAAACACAUACAGCAACAGAAUCAGCUAGCCGAUAGCGAUUAGCAUGGUACUUUUUUGUGAGUGUAGUGUACUGGUUUAUUUAGGGGCGGUAACAUGAGGGUUAGCUCUCCUGUUUCUAAGCCCCACUUACCCCGCUGAGGUCCUCUGGGUUGCGCUGUUGUGGAUGAACAAACGCAUUCUGCAGCAGAAUCAGCUAGCCGUUAGUGAUUAGCACGGUACGCUAUGGUCUCUGCACAGCGCUAUGGAAUGAAGUGCAAUUUAUUUAGAUGUUGGCACCACUUUAUAGUAAUUACACCUUAAUAAAGCCUUAAUAAAGCAUGAACAAAGACUUAACUCAUAACCCUAUUUGUUCAUUGUGAAUUACGGUUAGUGUAUUCAUAGUUGCUAAGCCUGAAACAUUCUUAAAUUCUUAAAGAGCCUGCACCUGUUUUAUUUCCCGUGUGUUUGAGCAAAAUUUGUCUUGCGCUGCUAGCAUGCUAAUUGUCGCUCAGUUUAGAGGUCAUGUCUCUGAAAGUUGAGAGAAGCGCUUAGAAACUCAUUGCGGUGAAUAAUUACAAUCCUCAGAAUAACUUUAGAUGGUUUAAAAUGAACUAGAUCUGUUUUUCACAUUUUUAAGACUCUUGACUGUUGUUGGUCCUGAAGUCUUUAUUCAUGCUUUAUUUAUGAAAAGUGUAGUAAUUGUGAAGUAUUACUGAGACGUUUGUUAAAGAUCAUGAAACUGGACAUUUUUAAAUACUUUUUGGACACCUUGACAUUUGUAUUUCAUGUUUUUGUAACUUCAAAUAAUCAUUCAUCUGUAAAAAUCCUUGUGCAGUACUUGUUCAAUCACAGUCCCUUUGAACGCCGGGAUUAGCUGUGGUAUGAGAGGCUGGAGAGUCGAGCGCUGCAGGCUGCUUUGUUUUGGUCAGUGAAGUGUAGUUUUAUAGGGGUGGUAACAUGGGGUUUGGCUUGACUGUUGCACUAAUGCUACAAGACGCUAGCAGAUCAAUGGAACACUGAAGGCAGUUUUAGAUCUAAAAUGGCUUGAAUCCACUGAUGUAGUAUGCACAGGAAGUGGGAUUGUCUAAAUAUGUUGUAUGUUUUGAUGUAAAAAUGUAACAUUGUUAAAUUUUCAUGUAUUACCAAUUUGCACAUUUCUUCUUUAAAGUGCAUAUGAUAGGUUUUAUUGUUUUUCUAAAUAUGGCUUCAUUUGGUGGGAACGUACCUUUGUUAAAAAUUUUAACUGACAAUGUUUGAAUUGUCGGUUUGUGAAGAAAAGAUGAAACGUUCAUUUAAAAUUACAGUAGAGCUGAGUUCUAAAAAAGGAAUCCCUCCAUGUCAUUAAUACACAGAUUUAACAAACUAAGGAUGAUGUUGACUAGGUUUUAUUCAAAUGUGUAGUCUAACCUGUCAUAUGCACUUAAACCCAAAGUUACGAAUGUAACUGUGGUUCUACGAUGACCACCAGAGGGCAGAGCUGAAAUAACUGAAUGACUCCCUCGAUGCUCGAUGGGAAUCGUUCAGUGGAUUCAGUGGUCAGUUGGGAUGAAGUAGAACUGAUUUUGAAACUUGAAUUUUCCUACCUUUCUAAACACUAAACAUGGUAUUACAAAACCAGUACAAUAAUUGUUUCAUGAAUCGGGUGCCAUAAGGCUUGGAUCUUGUCUCAAAGUGCCAAAAUAAACAUUGAUGCCAUAUGGGGA